CCAGGGAAUGAYACUCAACAUUUAGAAUUCCUUCUUCUCGGACUUGCAGAGGAUCCAGAACUCCUGCUCCUUCUCUUUAGCCUUUUCCUGUCCAUGUACCUGUUCACUGUGCUGGGGAACCUGCUCAUCAUCCUGGCCACUAUCUCAGACUCCCACCUGCACACACCCAUGUACUUCUUCCUCUCCAACCUGUCCUUUGUAGACAUCUGCUUCACCUCCAACACUGUCCCAAAGAUGCUGAUGAACAUCCAGACACAGAGCAAGGCCAUUACCUAUGCAGGCUGCAUCACCCAGAUUCACUUUUUUGUACUCUUUGCUGGGUUGGAUGACUUACUUUUGACUGUGAUGGCCUACGACCCGUAUAUGGCCAUCUGUCACCCCCUGCACUACAUGGUCAUCAUGAACUACAGGCUCUGUGGAUUGCUAGUUCUUGUUUCCUGGGUUGUGAGUGUCCUACAUGCAUUGUUACAUAGCUUAAUGAUAUUGGGGCUGUCCUUUUGCACAGACUUGGAAAUAAUCCCCUACUUUUUCUGUGAACUUAACCAGGUGAUUCAGCGUGCCUGCUCUGACACCUAUCUCAAUGAGGUGGUGAUAUAUGUUGCCUCUUUCGUGCUGGCUGUUGGACCCCUCAUUGGCAUCCUUUACUCUUACUUCAAAAUAGUAUCCUCCAUCCGUGCAUUUUUAUCAGCUCAGGGCAAGUACAAAGCCUUCUCCACCUGUGCAUCUCACCUCUCUGUGGUCUCCUUAUUUUAUGGCACUAGCCUAGGUGUGUACCUCAGCUCUGCUGUUGCUCAAAACUCACACUCUACUGCAACAGCCUCAGUGAUGUACAAUGUGAUCACCCCCAUGCUGAACCCCUUCAUCUACAGUCUGAGGAACAAGGACAUUAAGAGUGCUCUGAGAAAAUUUUGUGACACAGGAAGAUAA